AUGGGAGACAUGGGAGAUCCACCAAAAAAAAAGCGUCUGAUUUCCCUAUGUGUUGGUUGCGGCAAUCAAAUUCACGAUCAGUAUAUUCUGAGGGUUUCUCCGGAUUUGGAAUGGCAUGCGGCAUGUUUGAAAUGUGCGGAGUGUAAUCAGUAUUUGGACGAGAGCUGUACCUGCUUUGUUAGAGAUGGGAAAACCUACUGCAAAAGAGAUUAUAUCAGGUUGUAUGGGAUCAAAUGCGCCAAGUGCAGCAUCGGCUUCAGCAAGAACGACUUCGUGAUGCGCGCCCGCUCCAAGGUGUACCACAUCGAGUGUUUCCGCUGCGUGGCUUGCAGCCGUCAGCUCAUCCCCGGCGACGAGUUCGCGCUUCGGGAGGACGGGCUCUUCUGCCGUGCGGACCACGACGUGGUGGAGAGGGCCAGCCUGGGCGCCGGCGAUCCGCUCAGCCCCCUGCACCCGGCGCGGCCGCUGCAAAUGGCAGCGGAGCCCAUCUCUGCCCGGCAGCCGGCCCUGCGGCCCCACGUCCACAAGCAGCCCGAGAAGACCACCCGCGUUCGGACUGUGCUGAACGAGAAGCAGCUGCACACCUUGCGGACCUGCUACGCCGCCAACCCCCGGCCAGACGCACUCAUGAAGGAGCAACUAGUGGAGAUGACAGGCCUCAGCCCCCGCGUGAUCCGGGUCUGGUUUCAAAACAAGAGGUGCAAGGACAAGAAGCGGAGCAUCAUGAUGAAGCAGCUCCAGCAGCAGCAGCCCAACGACAAAACCAAUAUCCAGGGGAUGACAGGAACUCCCAUGGUGGCUGCCAGUCCAGAGAGACAUGAUGGUGGCUUACAGGCAAACCCAGUGGAGGUGCAAAGUUACCAGCCGCCUUGGAAAGUACUGAGUGACUUCGCCUUGCAGAGUGACAUAGAUCAGCCUGCUUUUCAGCAACUGGUGAAUUUUUCAGAAGGAGGACCGGGCUCUAAUUCCACUGGCAGUGAAGUGGCGUCGAUGUCCUCCCAGCUCCCAGAUACACCUAACAGCAUGGUAGCCAGUCCUAUUGAGGCAUGAGGAACAUUCAUUCAGAUGUAUUUUUUUUCCCUGUUGGAGAAAGUGGGAAAGUAUAAUGUUGAACUCCGAAACAAAAGUAU